UGGUUGGAUUUGUGUGUGCUGUGCCACACUCUCCACUCUUUAGGGUUGCGACGGAGUCUUCAAUGGGGAGAAUAGGGAGUCCACUUGGUAAGAACGAGUUCAGUUGGGUAAUCAAGGAUUUCUCCUCUUUGGGAGUGAGGGCAAUUUAUUCUGACGAAUUUGUGAUCGGUGGCUGCAAAUGGCGUCUUAUAGCCUAUCCCAUGGGAAAUAGGAUUAAAAAGUAUAUGUCUUUGUAUGUGGAAGUUGCUGAUUCUAAACAUUUGCCUUCUGGAUGGAGUAUAAACACAGAAUUGCGCAUGGAAGUUGUAAAUCACAAUUUGUAUAAGCCCUCCCAACAGAAAUAUAGAAAAAAUUUGUGGUUUGAUCAGAAGACUCCUUCCUGGGGUUAUAAAACCAUGAUUCGUCAUUCUAAACUUUCUGGUGAAGAAGGGUUUUUGGUAAGUGGAGAAGUCACAAUUGUAGUCAAGAUAGACGUUUAUAGAGUUUUUGGCAAAGUAGCUGCAAUAGAGAUUUCUGAAGAGGGAUCUAAAGAGGGAUAUGAAUAUGAAUCUGAAGAGGUAUAUAAAAAGGAAUCUGAAGAGGGAUAUAAAUAUGAAUCUGAAGAGGAUUACGAAAAGAGACCUAUAGAGAGAUUUGAAUAUGAAUCUGAAGCGGAAUCUAAAAAGGACUACGAAGAGAGAACUAGAGGGGGAUUUGAAUAUGAAUCUGAACCGGUAUCUAAAAAGGAUUACGAAGAGAGACCUAGAGAGAGUUUUGAAUAUGAAUCUGAAGCGGAAUCUAAAAAGGAUUCCGAAGAGGGAUCUAGAGAGAGAUAUGAAUAUGAAUCUGAAGAGGAAUCUAAAAAGGAUUCUGAGAAUGAUUGUGGAGAGGAAUCUGAAAAGGAUUCUGAAGAGGGAAGCAGACCUCUUAAAAAGAUUAAGAGGAAUGAUGAUGGUGUGAAGUCUAAUGAUUCAGUCAACAAGACUCAACAAGUGAAGGAAACCAUGGAUAUCAAUGGGUUUCAAGUUCUUCCUUCACAGGUAAGUGGAAAUUUCAAACUCUUGAGACAUUGUUAUCAUUUGACUCUCGUUGAUUUUGGGACAAAAGGUGUAACACUUCUAAAUACAGAGAAAAUGUAACUUUUUGUGAGUUUGAGAGUCAACCCCACCCUUGUGUUUCUGGAUAUGUAUACAUAUGGGUUUUACUUUUACCCUUCCUUCUCAAUCGCAGGUGACACUUGUGAGCCGUAUUUUAAAAAAAUACCCAGACAUUGCAUUAGGAUUCAAUGCAAAGAACCGACAUCUGAGGACAGCAUGCAUGAAUGUCCUCAUCAGCCUAAUCGAGACACUGUGCCAGUCACCACAGGAGCUCUCAGACGAAGAUAUGGAUGAAGCAGACAAUGCACUAGUAUACGUGCAAGAUGCAGGCUUUAAGGUGGAUUGGUUGGACAAGAAGCUGAAGGAAGUAAAAGAAAAGAAAGUGGUAGAGCAGACUGGUAAGACCCGGAUUCAAGAAUUAGAGGAGGAAUUGAAGGAAUUUAAGCAGAAGUGCUUAGACAGGGAAGCUCUGCUGGAAAAAGAGAAGGCAAAAGUGUUGGCUGCCCGAGCUUCUCUAACUUUGGAUGAUUUUGUCUGAUGACUUGGGUUCUGCAUGGUGUGUCCUUGUCUGUUCGUUUUAGUAUAUCGUAAUUAGAGUCCCCUUAUAACUUAGGAAGGUAGAGUGACCCUUGUCGGAAUCAAGUUUCCACUUUUUGUAAUGAUGACUCAGUAGGAUUUCGACAUUUUGUAAUGAUGACUCAGUAGGAUAAUGUAAAAGCAUGCGUCUAGUAAUGAAAAAGCAAUGCCUUUUGGCUCAUCAAGUAUAUAAGAAACAGAUCAUCACCGGCAAAGAGCUGAUUACGUGUAUAAUACGCUUUCAAUUUUCA